ACCAUACCCAAUAUUUAUUUUACAUUCACGUAAUACCUAUUUAACAAUUCGACGUUAGACCUUACCACACAGCGUCAGGGGCGCCAUCAAAACAAAUCACCCCGCCUUAUCCUCUCCCUCUCCUCUUACGACCCCCCUCUCGAAAAAUAUCAAUCCGCCACUGCACUCGUUGAAGUGACAAAAACAUCAUCAGCAACCAUGGCCGACCGGUUCAUUCCCGAGCAUCGCCGUACUAACUAUAAGGCGAAAGGCACUUUCAAGCCUGAUGAGCUUCGUCGUCGACGCGAAGAACAGGCUGUAGAAAUUCGUAAGGCCAAGCGUGAGGAAAACUUGGCCAAGAGACGAGGUAUCGGUACUGGCGACUCGCGCCCUGGUGCUUCUUUGGGCGCUGCUCCUGACAGUGAUGAUGAGUCUGCUCCCACCGAAAGUCAGCUUAACGAGGAUCUUCCUCAGAUGGUGCAAGGUGUUUUCUCCGAUCAGAUCGACCUACAAAUCCAAGCUACCACCAAAUUCCGAAAGCUCCUUUCUAAGGAGCGAAACCCUCCGAUCGAAGAGGUCAUCAAGACCGGUGUCGUUACUCGAUUUGUUGAGUUCCUUCGUUCCCCCCACACUUUAGUCCAGUUCGAGGCCGCCUGGGCUCUUACCAAUAUCGCAUCCGGAAGUGCGACUCAAACCCAAGUGGUUAUAGAGGCCGGUGCUGUCCCCAUUUUCGUCGAGCUUUUGUCCAGCCCUGAGCCCGAUGUCCGUGAGCAAGCGGUCUGGGCGUUGGGUAACAUUGCCGGUGACAGCCCAUCAUGCCGAGACUACGUCUUGAGCUGCGGUGCCUUGAAGCCGUUGCUUAACUUGCUCGGCGACAGCCGUAAGCUUAGCAUGCUCCGAAAUGCCACAUGGACGUUGAGCAACUUCUGCCGAGGCAAGACCCCUCAGCCUGAUUGGAACACCAUUGCACCCGCCCUACCUGUUCUCGCCAAGUUGGUGUACUCCCUCGAUGACGAAGUCCUUAUUGACGCAUGCUGGGCUAUCUCCUACCUUUCAGAUGGUUCCAACGAUAAGAUCCAGGCCGUUAUCGAAGCUGGCAUUCCCCGCCGACUGGUGGAAUUGCUCAUGCACGCAUCAACCUCCGUCCAGACCCCUGCUCUACGAUCUGUUGGCAACAUAGUGACUGGUGACGAUGUCCAGACGCAGGUGAUCAUCAACUGCGGGGCUCUUUCAUGCUUGCUAUCACUCCUGAGCUCUAACAAGGACGGAAUUCGUAAAGAGGCGUGCUGGACCAUUUCGAACAUCACCGCCGGAAACUCGCAGCAGAUUCAAUCCGUCAUCGACGCGAACAUUAUCCCACCCCUAAUCCACCUCCUGUCGAACGGCGACCUGAAGACCAGAAAAGAGGCAUGCUGGGCCAUUAGCAACGCCACCAGCGGUGGUCUUCAGAAGCCGGAACAGAUCCGAUACCUUGUCGCACAGGGUUGCAUCAAACCUCUAUGCGACCUUUUGGGAUGUCCCGACAAUAAGAUCAUCCAGGUCGCCUUAGACGGCCUAGAGAACAUCCUCAAGGUCGGAGAUCUUGACAAGCAGGCUGCCGGCGAGGGUCCCGAGUCGAUUAACCGUUACGCUUUGUUCAUCGAGGAGUGUGGCGGCAUGGAAAAGAUCCAUGACUGUCAGACAAAUGCUAACGAGGAGAUUUACAUGAAGUCUUACAACAUCAUCGAGAAGUAUUUCUCUGAUGAGGACGAGAACGCUGACGAGGGUAUGGCCGCCACAACCCAAGCUAAUGGCACAUUUGGUUUUGGAACCAAUGGGACACAAGGCGGCUUCAACUUCGGCAACGGCGGUGAUUCGAUGGACAUGUAAGGCGACGGCUUUACAAGGAAGUUCACGAAACCCGAUAUUACGAACUCACUGGGCAUCCAAGCAACAUAGUCACAGCACCCGACAUCAUACCCCAUUCCCCUGCCUUG